AUGCUUUCACUUAGAGGUCUUUUAAUCAUACUCAGUAUCCCAAUAAGACUCCUUUGGGUCGUUUUGAAAUACCCAAUUUUCGGCGGUGUCAAUGAGAAAUUCAAAAAUAGUUUAGUCAAUUCGUUAAAGAUGGAAGUCUUCCGUACCGGCUUGACUUUACCAGUGGGGGAUGCUGCGUUCCUUGGAAUAAUGAACAACAACUUCAUCAUCAACACAUUGUUGAAAUUGGUGCACCCAGCAUUGACCAAGUUGAACAAGUACGGAAAGAGAUUCGACAAACAGAGUAUUUGGCUUGUUGAAGCUCCAAAUAGGUCCAAGUCUGACCCCAUCAUCAUAUAUUCGCAUGGAGGUGGAUACUUUUUGGAAACCCAGCCAUCACAGCUCGAAUCAGUGUUGAGUUUCUAUCAUUUACUUGAUGAGGAAAAGAAGCAAAAAACUUCGGUUUUGGUUCUUGAUUACAAAUUGGUUGGGGCUGGCGCUUUAGUCGGAGAACAAUUGUACGAGUUGGUUGCCACUUAUGAAAAAUUGGCUGCCGAGGGUAAUGACAACAUUGUUCUUUUAGGAGAUUCGGCCGGUGGUAAUUUAUCAGUGGCAUUGCUUCAGUACUUGAAGCAAGCAAGGAAUCCAAGCUUGCCAUGGCCUAGAUCAGCAGUGUUGAUCAGUCCAUGGAUGAAAAUUGUUCCCGACCAACACCAAAUCACUCCUGGCCACUCAUUCCAUGAUAACGAAAGUCGCGAUAUGAUUCAAAGCCAGAUAUUUAAGGAAGAGAGACGCAUUGAGUUGCUUGGCGAUAAGAAUCACGCUGAUCUUUUAAUUUCUCCGGGAAAUCUUGAAUACAAGCCUAGUGAUUGGAAUGAUAUUCCAACUUUUAACGCCAAGGGAUACUCUACAUUCAUCCUUGCUGGUGAACAUGAACUGCUUAGAGAUGAUAUUUUGGAAUUUGCUAAAUAUGCAGUUAAGUCGCCCUUGGUUCCACAAACGCAGGAUUCUGGUGGAGCCAUUGAGUCCAAGGUACAUGAGUACAAGACUCAAGGUACGAAUGAUGCUUAUGUUGAUGUCGUUGUUGAGCCAUGGGGUGUUCAUGACUCUGUUUUGUUCUUUGAAAGUCACAUCAUCAAGAAAAUAAAGCAGAAUCCCCAUUUGCAAGUGAAGUCGUUAGAUGCAGUUGAGUUUUUUGGUGUAAGGAGAAUUGUCGACUUUUUGAACAAGACUUUGGUUGUUGGUGAAGAGGCAAAGACGUUGAGUGCAGAUGAUACGACAAAGACAACCAAUGGAAAGUUAUAA